GACCUUCAAAGCUUUGCCAUUCCAAUGGUCUUGAAAGAAACGAACGGAUGCAUCUUGCACCCAUCCCACAAGGAACAAUCGGAACAAGCACAGCACGCAAACAGGCAGGCAGGCAGGCAGGCAGAGGAAAUGGCCUAUCACCCCUUCCUAACCCGACUCCUCUUCCCCCACUCCAGCAGCGUCAGGCUCCCCCUCCUUGCCCCCCUCAUCCCCACCUUCAGCAGUCAGGUUGGCCUCCUCAGCUGCAGCGGCAGCUGCCCCCUCUUCAUCCUCUUGCGGCUCGGAAUAUAUCGUGGACAUUGCAGGGCCUUCCUGCUCCUGACCCUCCUGGUCACUCGACGAGAAACCCCUGGAGGCGUUCUUCUUGCCACCCCUCUUCGCUUUGGCCUUGCCCCACGCAAUGGGGCUGUCGUCUUCCUCCUGCUCGGCCAGCGCGGCCUGCCUGAGCCGCUCCUCGGCCUCCUUCUUCUCCAUCUGUCUGGCCUUGAUGGAUGAGAGAACCUUGCUGCCGGGCGACUGCUCUUCGUCAUCCUUGGCUUCGCCAGUGGGGGCGACGGACGGCAGGACACUCGAGACGGGCAUGACGUCGAGCACUUUGUCGAGCUCCUUCAUGGUCUGGGUGGAGAGAGACAUGCACGAAGGGGGAUCGAUCCAUGCGUCAUACGUCCUCUGGCACCUACCUUGCUCAUGAGCUGGUGCAGCUGCUCUGACUCUGCUUCAACCUCCUCGGGUGAGAGGGAUCUCAUGUCCUCAACGCGCUCUAAGAGGAAAGAACAAAUCACAAGGUGCACAAAGGAAAGUUCGUGUCUCGUCUUGUAGAUCAAUACCGCCGUCUGCGGAUCUGAAUGGGCUGGUGACACCUCUGUCACCCGCCAGAGCACCCGACGGAUACUCGCCAAGCGACACACCGGCACUGUAUACACACACAUAGGUGAUGCAAGCAGGGACAUGGAGACAAAAAGGCGGGUUUCCUACCCUGGAGACCAUGUGGGUGCGUCCUGGUUGCCCGCUCUCCCUCGUGAUUUCUUCUUCUUGGCAAUGGCCUGCAGAGACCGCUCCUUCAGCUCCCUGUGUGUCAAACGCACCAACCAAUGCUCGCUCGAUAGAUAUGCCUGCAAUGAGUGCUUCGUCCCGCUUUGUGUUACUGAUUGGUGAGUGGUCUGUCGGCCAAAUCCUCCUCGUCAGAAUCAUCCUCUCCCUGAGACACAAGAAGUCCAUGCAGCUAGGCGGCCUGGUGUGCCGUAGUCGUCUCAUGCUUUCAUUCUCUCCCCACCUGCAGGUUGGAGGACGGCAGAUCGCCAGGUCUCAGUUGAAUGGCCCCGCCAGCCGAGCCGGGGGAGGGGACUUUGUCCACACGGCGGGCGCCAGUGAGAGGCGGGCUCACAACAGAGCCCCUGAAAAUUAAUUGCACAAGGGUGGUUCGUGUGCCAGUGGCAUUGACGUGCGAUCUUUGUUGUCUCGUGUACUUACCGCUGAGCACCUGAUACAGAGAGUGCCUCCAGUCCGGUUGCCGCCACUCCCGUCUCGUUCAGCACAGAUAUAGUCUCAGCACCGGGCAGGUAGUCUUUGUGCGCUGCGACGAAUCUGGGGACAUAUGGAGACGAAUUUUGCUUUAUAAAGCCCGAUCGUGACCACCGACCUUUCGAUGUAGUACAGAAGGGGCAAGAAGUUGUCUCCAUCCAUCUCGGGCGGCCCCAAAGGAUCGCCCCAGGCCUCUUGGACCUGAUCGAGAGGCAAAGUCACAGCACGCGAAAUAUGUAAGGCAGGGACAUUCCCCUCAUGUCGAGGAAACCACUGACCACUUUGGUCAGCUUUUCGACGAUGGGUUUGCAUGCGAGUGUGAUGCCGUGCUGCUUCUCGUUCUCGAGGUCCUUUUGGUCGGCGGCCUCUUUGGUCUUGGCGAUCUGCAGCUCCAGCUCCUCCAGCGCCUGACGCUUGCGCUUGAAGGCCUCCUCGUCGGCCACCUGAUUGGUGAGGAGAGAGACAGACACAAACAGGCAGUGGUGUGUUCCUCUGUGUCUGUUCCUGGUGGUUUGCUGACCAACCUGUGAGUCUUUGAGCUGGGUGUCCAGCUCUCGUGUGCGCAGUUCCAUGGCCUCGAUGUCGCGAUUGAGCUGGUUGGCAUAGGACAGCAGGCUGAAGUUGCGCUCCUCGACCUUCAUGAAUAUCUGCAGCACACAAAGAGGAACAGGGGGCCUGCCGUACGUCUGAUGCGUAGACUGGCGUGAUGUUGUGCUUGCCUUGACUAUUUCUUCGAUGUCGGCGAUGCCGGUGGAUGACUUGAUUGUCUCGAAUGCCUGUUCAAACACCUGACACACGGUAGAAAGGGGGAAAGGCAUGCAGCGGGGAGGGAGACAUGGUGUAAUCGGCUCUGUCUGUAGCCUACUUCGAUGUUCUUCUGGUGUUGCUUGAUGUGUCGUCUCUGGAUGGUGUUGAGAAAUGCGGUUUUGAGGAUUUCUUUCAUCAUACCCUCCUGAUUGAACCCCUCUUCCUGCACAACGAAGCGAAAAACUCAAUGAUUCUCCGCUUAAAGGAAGCGAGCAGUCCUCCCGUACCUCUUCAGCUACGACGAAUGUCGAGCGAGUGGUGUUCAGUGGAGAGGGGGGAGGGCCUGUCGACUUCUUGUCUUUCUCGUCUUUCUUCUCAUCCUUCUUAGUCCCCCCUUUUCGCGGCGUAGACUCGCUCAUCUGCUGUGUCGACUGCCCACGGAGCAGCGCAUUCUGUGCGGCAUGUGUCUUGCGCUGCUGUAUCUCCCACUCCUUCAUCUUGCUCUCGGUGGACCGCAUCUCGACGUGGAGGUCGUUGCACUGGUGCUUGAAGUCCACCCGCUCCUCGUCACGAAGCUUGCGAAGCUCAUGUAUGCGAGCGGCCGUCAUUGUCUGGGUGUUCUUGGUCUCGUCCAUCUACACACAGACACACACACAUUCAUUUGCCGAGGGACAUCUUGCAGGUUGAGCGUUUCACCUCGUUAGAGAGGUCUUUGAGCUGGUCCCCGACAUUAGUGACCUCUCGGCUGAGCUUCUUGACGACCGCGUCCAGGGUAACCCUCUCCCUUCGCUGCUGGUCAAUGGCGCUGCGCAGCUUCAGGUUGUAGUCCAGCUGGCCGUUGAGCUUGGCCAGUGCCUUCUCGAGCCUGUUUUCCAGCUGCCGGACCUUGCUCCGCCCUCUCUGCACUUCAUCCUCCUCGGCAGCCCUCCGGAGGUUGUACUUGAGGCGCUUCUCAUCAUACUCGUCCUUCGACCUAAACAAACCGCAGCGGUCAGGCAAGCAGACACGUGUGAGGGCCUCCCCCUCACCUGCGAUAGUUCUCUUCCAGCAGAUGCAACCUCCUUUUCUCAAUCUCGAGCUUCCGCGUCACAACUUCGAUUUCCUGCUGCAUUCGCCCCACAUGGUCCUCCAGGUAGGCUGACAGGGCGACGUUACCGCCGCCCAUGCUGGACCUCUGCGUCGACGAGAGCGCCAUUUGCUGAAAAAGAC